AUGCCAUUCACCGAAGGAGCCCCCGCUCACGGAAAAGUGGCGCAUUUGCUUCCCCAGACCUACAAGCGGCUGGUCUCGGAAUGGCUGGAAGAGGACACGCCAAGCCUUGACUACGGUGGCUUCGUGGUAGGCGAGGACAUGGCUGAAGCGAGGUUGUUGGGUAAGAGCAAGGGUGUGUUGGCCGGCGUGCCAUUUUUUGACGAAGUGUUCAAGCAACUCGACUGCACCGUGGAAUGGCACAUCCAAGAAGGCGAGACUUUCGAGCCCGUGAAGCACUGCGCCACCGUAAGAGGACCAGUUAGGAAAGUACUUCUUGGUGAGAGAGUCGCCCUCAACACUCUGGCAAGAUGCUCUGGCAUCGCUACCAAAUCCGCCUCCCUGCUUUCCCUUUUGCGCAACGCCGGCUACCGCAACACGCUUGCCGGCACGCGCAAGACGACGCCGGGCUUCCGGCUAGUCGAGAAGUACGGCAUGCUCGUGGGCGGCUGCGACCCGCACCGGCACGACCUGUCGACCAUGACGAUGCUGAAGGACAACCACAUCUGGGCGUGCCAGGGCUCCAUCACCAAGGCCGUGCACGCCGCCAAGGCCUCGGGCGGCUUCAGCAUCAAGGUCGAGGUCGAGUGCCAGUCGUUCGAGGAGGCCGACGAGGCCAUCGCCGCCGGCGCCGACGUCGUCAUGCUCGACAACUUCACCGGCGACGGCGUCAAGGUCUGCGCGAGGAAGCUCAAGGAGAAGUGGGGCAACAAGGCCCUGGUCGAGGUCAGCGGCGGCCUGACCGAGGAGAAUGUCGAGGCGUACGUGUGCGACGACGUCGAUGUGGUUAGCACGAGUAGCAUUCACCAGGGCGUCAAGCAUGUGGAUUUCUCGUUGAAGAUCGUCCCCAAGGGACAGGCCAAGAAGGGCGGGGAAACGGUCGACGUGUGA